UUUUGGUCAUCGAGAAUGAUGUUGUGGUUUGCCGGGUCCACACUAACGCAAAGCAGCCUGGAGACUGGUGGAAAAUCAGCAUUCGGUGCCUUCCUCCCAUUGCCAUCCAUUACUACCAGCAUCGUCCAGCCCAGGCGAGAAAGGACCGAACGGGAAAGCAGCCACGGUCACGUUCGCAACUAAAAGUAAGAGUUGCUGAUCUUUUAAUUUCGCAUCAUAAAGCAAACAAGUCACGUCUGCGUGAAAGAGGCAAUGGUGGGCCGCUUCUUUUUUUUUGUUUGGUCUUCGGCAACCACGGCAUGUGAUUUGUGCGGUGCGCGCGUUGUGGUGGUGUCGCCAAAAGAGGCACCUUCGUCACACCAAAAAUUCGGGGAAACUUUUCCGACCUGUUCUUCUAAACGCACCCGUCAGCCCCGUGGAAUGUACAUUUGUGUGCGCGCGCUCGUCAAGCGGAAAAGCAAGAUACGCGGGAGAAAUAUUUGCUACGCGAACGAUGUAAAGAUGCGAUCGCGCAGAAGGUGAAUGGGGGGCACUGUGCUUUUCCACCCGAUAACGACAGUGUUCUUCGCUUGACCGAACGGGACGCACCGGACUCGUCGAAGAUUUGUAGUCAGCACGGCGAGCGCAACUUUUAAAUAGUUUGGUAAAUCAAACGAUGUCUGAGCUGGAUGCGGGACAGGUGCGACGGAUAAUGCACGAAGCGCUAGAUCUUUGGUCACAGCACGCCAACAUCAACUUCCGCGAGGUGUACAGUACGGAUGCCGACAUACAGGUACUGUUUGCGCGUAAAUUCCACGGCGACGGUUACAACUUCGAUGGGCGCGGCAAAAUUCUAGCCCACGCGUUCUAUCCCGGCACCGGUAUCGGAGGCGAUGCCCAUUUCGAUGCCGACGAGCAUUGGCUGCUGAAUGAACCGCUCGAUGCAGAAGGUACACGCCUGUUCGAUGUGGCGGUACACGAAUUUGGCCAUUCGCUUGGACUGGGACACUCAUCGCAGCAGGAUGCGAUCAUGUUUCCGUGGCAUCACAUUUCGUACCGUGGUAAGGACACGAUCCCGGAGGACGAUCGGCUCGGCAUCCAAUCGAUCUACGGUCCGCGGAAGAAGAUUUACGGCAAAAACCCGGAACGUCACACACCGUCAACGACUACAACGACGACGACCACCACACCAGCGCCACCGCCACGACCGACGACGCGUCCAUACUAUCCGGUGAAGAACACUACCGGCCAUCCAUGGGAGGGUUUGUAUCCGCACGGUGGUCGUCCGUACACGACACGCACGACGGUUACAACCACCACAACCGAACGUACUCACCAGCGGGAGGAUGUUGAUGAACCGCGUUACCCGACGCGCCAUCAUCCAACAACGGUGUCGACGACCACGGUACGCCAUCGACCGCAUCAUCGACCGCACCAUCGAACAACGACGACGGCGAUGACGACGACCACCACCACACGGCGACCACCGUACCACCAUCGACCGGUCGCAAUCCAUCCGAAUCCGUGCAACACCAGCUUCGAUGCGAUCACGCUGAUUCGCAACGAGCUGUUCAUCUUCAAGGAUCGGUGGCUGUGGCGUAUGAACGAGAACGAUCUACACCGGCCGAGUCCGUUCGAGAUUCACCGGAUGUUUUUCGGCUUACCGGCAGACUUUGAGCGCAUCGACACGGUGUACGAGAACAAGCAUCAGAAGAUCAUUUUCUUCAUCGGCAAGCAAUAUUAUGUGUUCAACUCGCAGUAUCUCGAACCCGGCUACCCGAAACCACUGACCAAUCUUGGACUUCCGGACAGCAUCGAGCGGAUCGAUGCAGCACUCGUGUGGAGUCACAAUAAUCGCACCUAUCUUUACAGUGGACGACUCUACUGGAGAUUCGACGAAGACACGAAUCGGGUAGAGUUGGACUAUCCGCGCGAUAUGUCCAUGUGGAAGGGUAUUGGAUAUAAUAUCGAUGCCGCGUUCCAGUACCGUGACGGUAAAACCUACUUCUUCAAGGGGCUUGGCUACUGGCGGUUCAACGAUAUGCGGAUGAGCAUCGCCCACGAGUACCAAAAGUCGUCCGCUACGCGAUGGAUGAAGUGUCGGCACGAACGGCAGGUGCUGAACGAUCUGGACGUGGACAUUGACUCGCCGAGCAGUGAGCCGACGGUUGUGCAGAAGGCCGCAAUUGGCACGAACCGUGCUGCGCCGUCCAGUCUGAGCAAUGACGAUCGGACGAGAUUACUGCUGUUGCUGCCAUGCACACUCCUAACGUUAGCGAUAUCAUUCUACUCCAAACAGUACGCUUAAGAUGGGCAGUUGUCUUUACUCCAAGUUGGACACCCGUUGCCGGUGGUUUAUUUCGAUCAGAUGCUCAGUAAGGACCGUUCCCCGAAUGAUAUUGUCAGUUAGCCUAGACAAGCCAUUAAGAGACAUCGGGUAAACUAAGUUUGCCCACGGCUUUGGAACUUGGUAACAAGUCGUCUAAUUCGCCACGACUGAUAAGUGAACCUAGGAACGCUGCACCUGUAGCAUCAGAUCAGAAACCGGUUACGAGAACAGGUGUCCAAACUUUAGGUAAUUGCAACUGCUGUAGGAGCCACGCAGUGCACACUAGGCACUAGGUGCCUGUAGGCUUCUUCCUAGUAAAAUAUGCUAAAUAUUCUUCCUAAAUGUAGUUCCGCUCCCGUAGGUGGGUUCUUGGUGCUUUUGCUAUUCAUUCUUACACUAUGGUCUGCCGGUAGCAAAAACGAACUAAAAAAAACGUGAUUCUUUAGGAUAGUAACGUAAGCCUAGACAUGAUACAUGUAUGUGAAUACUUGAACGUGCAUCGUGGGCACACUCAUACAAUAUUAUGAAAAAUGUAAUUGUGCAAAAGCUUAUUAGUGCUGGAAUUGGAAGACACGAAUUGCAAACAAAAAGGGUUUCGCUCACGCGACACAAAAAUAAAU